AUGGCAGAGGAGAGUGCCAAAUCUGCAAGAUCCGAAAGAUCGGAGAGAAGCAAGAGGGUCACAAAGGAAAAGAAAGGAGGCAAGAAAAGUGAGAGAAGCGAGAAAAGCGAGAAAAGCGAGAAAAGCAGCAAGAAAAGACGCAGCGAUAGAUCGGAUAGGUCAGGUAAAUCCUCCAAAAGGUCUUCGAAGUCGGGUAGAAGAAAGCAUCGUUCGAGAAGAUCCGACAGAAGCAAGGGAAGAAAUACCAUCAAACUCAUCUACAAGAAAGGUCAUCGAUAUGUAAAAAUAGUUGAUUUCGUGGGCGUUUCGCAGCUUAUUAAACAGCAUCAAGUGACAGGAAGAGUUCCACGUUCAAUUGAUCUCACUGACUAUUUCGAUUCGACGAUAACUAUUUUCGCUGACUACAUCGAAAAAGGGGAAGUAAAGGCUCAAAUUUCCUUCUACUCCCUUGCGGAACUAUUGAAACUCACGAAAACAUUUGUGAUGGAGGAACUUCAGAAACGUCUUGAGGAGAUCCUAGUUCUGACUGCUGAGACAUCAACUGAGAACCUCAUCCAAGCAGUACUUGUGGCUGGCACAUCGAAUAUCACAAAGGAGACUGAAAGCGCUCUUCAUUACCUUGCAGCCUGGAGUUUUGUUGAAAUGGCCAAACUCCCAGACUUUCAACGCAUUCCCUAUCACCAGUUUGUCAUGCUUCUUGCGAGUUGUGAACUCCACAUUUCUCAUGAGUUAGUAGCGGCUGAUGCAGCACUCCUGUGGCUUGUAGGCCAACCGCAUCCAGCUAUCUACGCGCCAGGUGUAUUUUCUGUGAUCCGUUCCGCCUAUUUGAGUAAAGUGGACCGCCAACUUAUCAUCGAGCGAAUCGCCACUCUUCAAAUGCCGGAAUCGGUUGCACGCUUCGCCCGUAUUUCCAUGGAGUCACGCCAUAGCCUUCGAAUUUGUCUGGAGGGGAUUCAUAUCAGUCGUCAUCUGUGCCGUUGUGGAAUUCCAGAUCCUGAAAAUCGUCCGAAAGAAACGACACUCUCACUGAGUAGACCUCGUGAGGGUAUAAAAUGGAGUGAAAAGAACCUAGAGGAACAGAAGAGAUCCAAGAGAUCAAAGAAAUCAAAGAGUUCCAAGAGAAGAAAGCACCGUUCAAAACGUCACAGUAGCAGGUCAUCGAAAGGUCGAUCUGGCGAUUCAAGUAGCAAGCGAAAGUCAUCGAAAUCAAGGCCGAGCUCAGAAGCGGAACGUUCGAGCAGACAUCGUAAGAAACGAAGGGAUGAGUCGGAAAGAAAGGUACGUAGGUCGCGCGAGGGAUCGUCUAGCCGCCGUAAGCGAUCGCGGAGUAGGGACGAGAAUGGGGAUGACAGGGAAAGCAGAAGAAAAAGAAGAAGUCGUAGCUCGAGUAGAAGCAAUGGAGGUGGUAACAGCAGCAGAAGACGAAAAAGGAAUGACGAGGAGUGCUCGGGCAGCGAAAGAUCGGAGAGAAAAAAAUGCGGACCAAAACUCGGAUGUGGUAGGAGAACAAAAAGGGAAAGAGAAGAAGGCUCAGGCAGCGAGAAGUCCGAGAGAAAAAUUGCAAAAAGCGAUAACAGAGCAAAGAAGAGUACGAGGAGCGCCUAA